CAUCGAGCUCACAUCCGAUCCGGAGAUUUCUCCCAUGUCUCCUCGUGUCUCCUACUUGAUCAGUUUCACGUCCGACCAACCCUUAUUUUCAAAAAGUUCCACUCUUUUUUCGAGGUCUUCGCCCACCCAGAUUCUCAUGCAAGGUCUUCCGGAAGAAGACAAUCUCCUGAUCAUCUGAGAAUCCUCUGAUGUCAACAUUUCAUCGACAUCACUCAGUGAAUCUUAAGAAUUGUCAAUAAAAAAAAAGAUGAGAUUUAUUUCAAAAUGUCUGUUAAACAUUUGCAUGAUUGAAGAUUAGCUGAAAGUUUUUUUGUUCCACGGGAGGAACUUUAGCAUCACGUUGCAAUAGAACAUGCGAAACACGUGCGUUGGGUUAUUUACAAAAUUACAGCGGUUGAUAAUUCCAUAGGUAUUGAAAAGGGGCACGAAGUGCUCGCCGGCAAGGCGAAAUCGAUUGAAUAGUAAUUGAAGGUACAUUGAGACAUCAUUGGAUUAUUGACUCUGCUACCAUUACUAACAUGUGAUACUUUAAAAACAAAGACUGUCAGUGCAUCAAGUGUGACCAAUUUCGUGAGACUUUUGUGAUUUCCCAAAACUGGUGGUGUUGUGACAAGACAAAAAUUGCAAAUCAUGAUGGGGGAAGUGAUUCGCGUUUCUGGAAGGGCGCCGGAUGUGGGGGAUUUUUUGAGGGAAGCAAUGCUCUCUCAAAGAUUCGCGGAUGUCGCGCUCUGCUGUCCUGGAGGUCAAAGAUUCCUGGCUCAUCGCUUGGUCCUUUCUGCUGCGAGUCCAUAUUUACAGGAUGUUCUUUUGGCACACAGCAAAGGGGUGGAAUAUUGCGAGCCAAUCACAGUGAUUUUGGCUGAAGUCGAGGGACCGGAACUCGCUGCAAUACUUGGUUUCGUUUAUACCGGAAGUGCAACGGUUCCACGACUCAGAUUGAACGCAUUUUUAAGAGCAGCAGAAGCUCUCCACAUUCAACUUCCGCCACUUCCGGUGUUUAUGAAAAACUGUGUAGCAGAUUACAAACCAGAAGACUUGAAAGAUGUAAAAAUUAGUACAAAUUACCUCGAGUGUGAACAAUACCCAUCAAACGAAAGGUGGUUCCGACCUCGACAAAUAAUUCCUCACUACGAGGAAGGUCUAAACAAAAAGGAAACACCCUCUCCAGGCUUUGAUGAUUUUUCCAGGACAGUUUCUCACACUGCUCCUAAAAUGUUUCGUGGUUCAGAAUCUCCGAUCAAGUAUCGGAAUAAUCUCGUCUUCGAAAGACAACUACCAGUGGAAGCUAAUUAUUGGCAGACCAAUCAUGAAAGUGUUUUAGAUUUAGAAAGGGACCAAAGAAGUGUCGAAUGUUCGGAAGUUCUUGAUGUAACAGAUGUCUCUUAUUCAUCAAAAAGACCUUGCGAACUUGGCCCUGACAAUCUUGAUGUCUUGGAGAUGAGAAUUUCUCACGAUCCAUGUGGGUUUGAAUCAGCAAACAAUCGCAAAUCAGACGACACAACUCGUCGAGCAAAUUUUGGUGUUUCUGGUGGAAGUUAUCAGAUCAGGGACAGAUUUUUUGAAGAUAGGAUCCCGCCAUUGUAUUGUGCUACGAUUGGUACUUCGAACAAUAUUGAUUAUUCCCAAGCUGGUGAAGACUUGACCUGUGGAGAAAGUUGCUGUAGGUGGAGACCUCCAAGGAGACACGUGGCCAAUCAGGUGACUGCAUCACCUUGGAGACAACUUGCAAGGCCUCAUCAUUCGCCGAAAAUUCAACCCAUCGUGUUGCAGAGUCAUCUGGACACACCUAUGUCAAUGGAACCACAACAGAGAAUCUCACCAUCAUGUAGUCCAUCCGACUCUCCAAAACCGUUCGCUGCAAUCAACAAUCAUCACACUCAACAAAUUCCUCCAUCUCCUGAAAAAAGAUCACCAAACGAAGAAGAAUCGCUUAUCCAAGUGAAUCAAGAGAGAAGGCAAGAUUUUUAUUUAGCACCAAUUCCGGGACCAAUCGCUCAACCUGUAAUACUUCCUGCAGUCAUGCCUAGACCAGUCCAACCUUUUUAUCCAAACUCAACACAACCAAUUCAACAAAUUCAACCAACCACAAGACCUUUCUAUGAAAACGAAACCACCCAAAGUGCAAUUAGUCACCUAACACCAAUUCGUCCUAGUCCGAAAAAAGUUUACUUUGGACACCAGAAUUGUCAAAAACCAGAGAUUUCACAUCCGAUCAGCAGACUCUGUGAUUCGAUUCCACCAAAAGAAGCUGUGGAACUCAUUCCCCUGGAAAAGUCUUUGGAGACGAAAAUUGAAGUCGAGAGUCAUUGCAAUGAUAAAAUUGCAUUGAAUGUAUCCGUUCUUAGUGAUAGUAACAAUAAUGAUGCGAGUGGAGAUCAGUUUCAUCGAGUUAGAAAUAAUUCUAAUUCUGAGGAUCAUCGAUGUGAUCAGUGUGGAAAGACAUUCGUCACAAGAGCAUCUUUGAAGGUCCACAGCAGGACGCACUCAGGUGAGAAGCCGUUCCGUUGUGCCGACUGCGGAAAGCAGUUCUCUCAGCUGCGGAACUACAAGUACCAUCGAAGCGUGCACGAAGGUACCAGAGAGUUUGCUGCUACUUGUCCGGAAUGCGGCAAAUACUUCAACGACCGAGGAUACCUCAGCUCCCACAUGAAGAUCCAUCGGAAUCGGAAGGAAUAUGCUUGUGGAGAAUGCGGUAAGAGCUUCAAUCAGCGAGUAGCCUACAACAUGCAUGUGCGAAUCCAUACGGGAGUCAAACCCCAUCAAUGUGACCAAUGCGGCAAGGCGUUUUCGCGAAAGAUGUUGUUGAAGCAGCACCUCAGGACCCACUCUGGAGAACGGCCAUACGAGUGUCAAGUUUGUCACAAAGCCUUUGCUGAUCGGUCAAACAUGACACUCCAUACGAGACUUCAUUCUGGUCUGAAACCUUAUGAGUGUACACUUUGCACAAAGGCUUUCACGAAAAAGCAUCAUCUGAAGACUCAUCUGAACUAUCAUACUGGUACCAAACCCUACUCUUGUCCCAAUUGUGGCCUCAGGUUCUCGCAGAGCAGCAAUAUGAGAACACAUUAUAAAAAAUGUGCGAUUAACAAUCCUAAUGGGAUCAGGAACAGCCAGAAUGAGUUGGUUUCUUCGGGUAAUGUUGAUUCGGAGAAUCAUAAGAUGGUGCAAAAAUCUCCUGGGGCACUCACGCCGCCUAAUUCUGAUCAAGAAUCGAGUGUAUUGACACCUUUGUCGAGAAGUGUGUGUGAAACGAGGAAAACGUAAUUACAUAGAUGGAAAAAAACGGAUGUUCAAUAGGAUAUAUUCAAAGUAUAAGAUAGAAGAGUCAAACAUACAGAUAUUAGCAGGUAAGAUCUAGAGAUCCUCUACACAGAAAAAACAGAAGAUAAACUUUACAUCGAUUUCAGACGAAAUUUUA